GUGGCGGUGAAGUGCUAUCAGCUGCAAGUUAAGGCGCCACCUGGGUCUGGUCUGCAGGUCAAGCCCUGUCGACCCCUUUCAGAAGGAAGAAGCGUAGUGUUUAUUCUACGUGUGGGAGGCGCGUACCUUCGUGUCCGAAAUUGAGAACUUAAGCCUUCUCUCAGAAGUGUAUGGUGACCUAAAGAAGACAACCAACCAAGGGUCAUAUGAAAUUGUGAUUGGCUAAUAAUCCCAGGACAAAAUUAGAGAUCACUACUCAAGCAUAAGACCUCUACAAAGAUGUUUGAUAUAAAGGCUUGGGCUGAGUAUGUUGUGGAAUGGGCUGCCAAGGACCCAUACGGCUUCCUUACAACAGUUAUUUUGGCCCUUACUCCAUUGUUUCUUGCAAGUGCUGUACUGUCCUGGAAAUUAGCCAAGAUGAUUGAGGCCAGGGAAAAGGAGCAAAAGAAGAAACAAAAACGUCAAGAAAACAUCGCAAAAGCUAAACGACUGAAAAAGGACUGAAGGAAUGAAUAGGCUCUGCAGCCAGAGGAACAUCAUUUGGAAAAUUAUGCAGCUCUAGAAGGCUCCACUAAGGUUUCUUUUCUGGAUCUUUGACAGUAUUGUUUAGGAAACAAAGUCUGAGCAUAUGGAUCAUGUUAGCUCUCACCUGUACUGUAGCAACUUUUGGGCUUUGCUGUAGAAGUCUGUUGACAGUUAAUUGUACACUGACAUUGGUUAUGCUACAGGUUCUUUAUAAUGGAUCUAGUCAUUUGCCUUUUUGCAGCUUAUAUAGUAUAAUGUGAACAUCCUGUGGAGAAAAAGGACUUUAGAUUAUUUAGACUUUAGAACUCUACUCAAAUAAUGGCUUAAAAUGGGGUCCUGCUCUGGACAAAGGAAAUUAUGAAUGUAAAAAUCAGAACUGUGCUGAGGUGAAAAGUGUGCUUUGGCUUAAGAGAUACAGUAUAUUAAUUACAUCUAUCAUUAUUGCUUAUUUCUUGGAAUAGAAUCAUUUCUGGCUUUCUCAAAGCAAAAUAAUAUUCUUCAGUGAGUACUUCUCUAUUUUCUGGAUUUUUCUCAUUUUAGCUUUUGAGAUACUGGUAAUUGACUAGACAUUCUACAUUUUUUAAAAUCUAAUUUUAUAAAGAAUUCUCUUAUUAUCUUGACUAUGUAGAAUACCAUUUACUGGAUACAACAAUUUUUGUACUUACGAACACUGCCAUUUUCUUAGAGGUGGCUUGAGUAGAGUAACACUAUGAUUUAAAGCUUGCAGUAAAAAUGCCAAAUCUUGUAGUACCUUGGAACCAGUUUAUUCUCAUUUGUGCUAAGUAGAAAUGUGAAGUAGUUAAAAUGUCUUAUCAGGUAAUUUGCUGAUUAUAUAGAUACCACCUUUGUUUUUCAUUCCAUUGUUUGUUUUAAGUCAUGUUGUGGUGAUGUUCUGUACUUUUUGAUCAAACAGGUUCACGGUGAAAAUUAAAAUUUCAAAUUUUUUUUAAGGAACUUUUAAAGAAUAACAGUUAAGUCAUAUUUCAUAAGUGGUAAAGAAAAGGCUUAACAUUUGGAAGAAUUUUGUUUGGCCUAGUAGUAAUUGGGUGAAAAGGUGUAAAUUAUGUCAAACUGAGAAUAUGUUAUGAUUAGAAAUAAAGAGCUAAAGGAUAUUUCCUUUAGUUAAGUAAUAUAACUGGAACUUUUUACUCCUUAACAUGGCUUUUAUAAAUGCAUGGUUAAUAAUUUUAUUUGCUGUCAGUAAUGAAUAGCUUAUUAAUGUUUUCCUCACUUCUGACAAUGAAUUUUAAAUUACAAAAAAUUGUCCAACAGCUUUCAUUUAAAAAUGAAACCAGAUAUUGAAAUAAAUUUGAUACUUUUUUUUAUAAAGAGGUCCCUGGGCUUUGUUUUUUUUGGUGAGGGGAGAACAAUUCAAUAAUACAAGUUAGAUAUGUUACAGAAAUUACUUUUCAAAUGGUUAUGAAUUUCCUUUAUAGGUAAGUAUACAGUUGACCCCUGAACAACACAGGGGUUAGGGGCACUGGCUCUCCCUUGCAGUUGAAAAUCCCUGUAUAACUUAUAGUAGGCCCUCCCCAUAUAUUGUUCCUUUCUAUAUGCAGUUUCUCCGUAUCUGCAAUUCCAAGGUUCCUCUGUACUCACAGUUCCACAUCCCUGGAUUCAACCAACCCCGGAUUGUGAAGUACUGUAGUAUUUACUAUGGAAAAAAAAAUCUGUGCGUAAGUGAACCCAUGCAAUUCAAACCUAUGUUGUUCAAGGGUCAGCCGUACUCGUAAAAGUUCAGAGCAUUGUUUCUCAAGUAUGAGAACCUAAGGAUCUCUGAGAAUCUUUAUGGACUGGUUUGAACAAUAUUUAUUACUAUUAUUUUAGGUUGUCAGUUCCUACUUGGUGCCAGUGCACAUGCUGCAGCUCCAGGCACUAAAAUAAUUUAGUGUUUAGUUGUGAAUUAAGUUAUUCAGGUGCUCUAGGAUAUGCUUUUUAUGUUAUUGAAAUUAAAACAAAACUUAAGAGUUAUCUACUCAAGCUAUGGUUUCACUGUUCAUUGUGAGAAUUUAAAGGUAUUUAACUAAAAUAUAUUUUCCUGUACUUUGUUAGUCUUAAUACAAUUUUAUGUUUGUUUGACAUAGGCCAUUUGUUGUUUCUUCAGCAUUUUUCAACAUCUGUGGAGCCUUUUUGUACAUGUAGGAUCAACAAGGUUUUACAAUAUUUGUGUCUGUUUGUGUGUGUUGUGGGAGAGGGGUAUGUAAAUUAGAGACUACAGAUCUUCCUUGAUUUACAGUGGGAUUACCCUUUGCAAGUUGAAAAUACUGUAAAUUGAAAAUGCAUGUAAUACUUAAGACCAAACCAACCAAACUUCAUAGCUAAGCCCUAGCCUUAUACCUGCUCAGAACACUUAUAUUAGCCUACAGUUGGGCAAAAUCAUCUAGAACAAAGCCUAUUUUAUAAUAAAGUGUUUGAAUAUCUCUUGUAAUUUACUGAAUUGAAAGUGAAACUGUACUGAAAGUGAAAAACAACGGUUGUAUGGGUACAGGAUGGUUGUAAGCAUGUCAGUUGUUUACUUGUGAUUGUGUGGCUGACUGGCAGCUGUGGCUCCCUGCUACUGCCCAGCAUCACAAGAGAAUGUCCCACCACACACCACUAGCCCAAGAAAAGAUAAUUCAAAAUUCAAAGAACGGUUUCUGUUGAAUGUGAAUGUGUAUCAUAAAAUCGGAAAAUUAAUGAAUGUGUAUCAUAAAAUCAGAAAAUUAAGUCAA